AUGUCAAGCAAGGAGGAGGUUGUGGCGCUUAUGGCUCAUGGCGAUGCCGAAGCAAAAAUAUCGCUGCUGAAGAAGGCUGUUGUCAGCGUGACAAAACAAAAGCAGAUGCUUGAGCAGCACAACAAACAACUUCAGGACCAGAUGGCCGCUAUUGGCGCGGAGCUGGCGCGCGUGCAGGAGGAGAACAUGACGCUCCGCAGAGAUCUCAACGCGGCGGAGGGAGAGUUGGGGGUGGGACGAAAGCGUGGGCAUUUUGCAGCCUCAGUGAGGACAACACUGAAGGGUCUCUCUUCUUUUGUGACGGGCACUGAUGGAGAAGACGGCGGCGCGGCAGCAAAGCGAACAAGGGGUGCUGAGCUGUCGCCGGAGGACAAAGAGAAAUUGGUGGCGGAAAAUGAAACUAUUCAUAUGCAGCUGUUUGACUUGCGCAAGAUGUAUGAGAAUGAGCGGCAACAGUGGAAGACGGAACGUGAGCGACUGUCCUCUGAAUGUACCGCAAUGCAGCAGGAAGUGACUGAGCUGCGAAAGCUUUUAGAUUCUACAGCUCACGCCUGCGACCGGCUAAAUAUGGAGUGCACCAGGCAAGCGGCGUUGGCACAGUUUUGUCAUCACUUUUUUGUUUCGUCAUGGAACACUGCCGAACAUCCGCAGCGGAUCCAUGUCGUUAUGGCGCCUUCUUUGGCGACGAAGCGCGGGGGUGUUCCGCCACGUGAAGUCCGCGAGGAAUUGGCGUUAGGCACGUUAACGGGUGUCACUGCUUUCAUUCGCACGUUGAUGAGCGCCGUUUCUGUCCUUGUGGCGUCGCUUCGUGAUUCAUUUAGUACACAAAUGAGGGGCAUCACAUUGGUCGACAUGCGAUGCUACCGCGAUCGACUUAGCGUACUGCUUGAGGCGCAUGGCGUGCAAAGGGCAGGUGUGAUUUUUCAUGUCACAGAGCUGGAGGAGGCUCUCACCGCAACGGCGGCACCGGACGAAAAACUAACACAAAUACAACGUGUCCAGGGUCUCCUUAUCUCAAGCCUUAACAACUGGCUAGGAAUGGUGUGUGAGCACGUCCGACUUAUUAUCGAUGCCUGUAUGAAAGUGGAAAGCCACAAUCUUACUGAACACAAAAAAGACAAGCAAGCGUUUAUUGAAUCCGCCACGCUGGGGGCCGUCAGCACAAUUGCUGCUAUUCGCGGUUCUCUUGAGGCACUGCAGGAUGUCUGCGACACCUCGUGCACGUUGUUUAAGCAACAGGCAUGUGACUCGACGGAGUGGCUCCUAGCGCUAGAACGGUUUUGGUGGGAAGGCUGCGGGGCCUCCUCGUCGCUGCGAUGGGCGGUGGAAUCACUCCGAGAACAGCUGCAAGAAAUAUCAAAAUAUGCCCCAAGUAACGACCACGUGCGAGCGGCUCUCCAAUUUAUGUGUAAAUCGCUGGAGACUUUUGCAUCGCGUGCCUGGAGCACCAAGCGAGAGGUGACGUGUCUGCCAACAAGUGAGGUGCCACGAGCGCCUUCAUUGGUGGAUCAUCCUGCAAAUCCCACCAUUACUUGUGGUUUUGCUUCCGCAGACAAUGAAGAACUUGUGGCAGCGUUGGCUGCGGCGGAUCGUGCUGCAGUGUGCUAUCAUACUCAAAUGAACUACACCUUGUUGGAGUUGGCGGAGAAGCAGGAAGCAUUGGCAAAUGCCCAAGAAGAUGUGCGGCGGCUGAUGUCUGUUAACCAACAGCUGGCAGAAGACGCCAAUCGCGCGCGUGAGGUGUUUGAGACACAAAUUCGUCUCUUGUCAGACCAACUUGUAGAGUGCAGUAACGGUGGUGGCGGCAACACCAACUGGUGA